UGCUUCCUUCUUCUACGAAAGCUGAUAUCCUCUUCUCUCUUCACCCCCUUCUAAUGGCCGACCAAGAAUUUAGCCGACUCCCAUCGCUGCCCCCGUAUACAGAGAUGAUUUUUGCAGCAAUUGAUGCUCUGAAAGAAAAGGAGGGAUCAAGCGAAUCAUCGAUUUCAAACUACAUCGAAUCAACGUGCGAGUAUUUGCCGGAUGAACACACCAAUAUCCUGACGGACAUGCUGAACAAGUUGGUUGAUAGCGGCGAGCUAGUGGUUUUGAAUAACAACUACAUGCGGCCGGACCCCAGUGCACCUCUGAAACGCGGCCGUGGUCGCCCACCCAAGCCCAAGGAUCCGGCUGUUUUGGAGACUCAGAUCCAGGCUCAAACAGGGUCUGAAGUCAAAAGGGGAAGAGGCCGACCCAAGAAGGAUCCAAAUGCACCACCAGCGCCCAAAAAGGUCAAGGCUGCGGCGGUGCCGGCAGCCCCUUCAAAAACCGGGCGGCCAAGAGGGAGGCCACGCAAGGUUCAGCCGGAGUUUGCCGGCGUGGAAGCUAACUGAGUCUUAACUUUAGGAAAGAAAAGAUAAAAGGGUUUUUUCCAGAGCAGAAAUUCCGAAAUUCAGAUUAAUAUACAAGUCGGAAUCCAUGAAUUGAGAGAAGCAUUAGUCUGGAUUAGGAAAUUUGUGUUUGGGAAAAAUAGACGUUUGUAAGGUUGUGUUGGUAGAAUGUGUUAGAGGGUUUGUUGUGAUUUAGGUUUUAUGUUAAAUGCAUUUGUAUGUUAUGUUGUAUGUAAAUUAUGAGGUAUUUCGUUGAAACAAA